AUGGCGCACUGUUCCAAAGGACGCCUACUGCAAGGAUGCCUCCUUUGGGAAGGGUUUCUGGCGGCUGCUGGGAUGUCGGACGAGAUCGGUGAGGGCCGGGAGAGAGUCAUCCAUCCAUCUGAGCAGUUCUUUGCAUUAAUGGACUGCACUGACGACGCCGAUGCUGACCGCCGCCUCAUGCGCGAGGUUCUCAGGCACACCGGUCUCCUUGCAUCAGAAUACGCCGAAGCCGAAAUCAGGGACUCGAGCCGUCGCACAUACCAAAACUGGGCAUCGGUGGCAGGAGAGCAACUCAGCUUUGCAGAAGUGCAUCUUCUGAUUUAUCCGCGGGGCUUCUGGCACGAGGAGCCCGUGCAAAUGCAUCUGCUUCAGGAGUUGUGGAAACAAGUUGGUCUUGAUGAAGCUCAGCAAGACCUCGCCAUGCACGUUUUGCAGAGCGAAGACGCCCAGAAGGAGCUGCACAGCAGGACGAGAGACUUCUGUGUAGUUCCUUACCUGGCGGCGAUGGUGGUUCUCAUUCAGAGCGACCCUGAGAACCGUCAGGAAUACUUGGAGCACCUGUGCUCGCUCAUGGGAGGUCCAAGCCGUUUGCACUGGGCCUUGAUGCUUCUCCUCUCUUCUCUCCACUUCGCCGAUGAGCUGGCCGAACUGCUCGUGAGUGUGCUGGAGGUAUGGAUGGGAAUUUCAAAUGUAGUCGCAGCAUCAGAAUGCCUAGGCCUCACAUCAGGCACCCACGAAGCCGUGAUCCUCUCCUACGCGGUGGCUGGCAGGUGGGGUGCAGCGAGACAUCAGUGCGAACAGCUCCAGGAAUCGCUUGGACUGGGCAGCUCCCUUUGCCUGGGUUCGGCGGCCGAUGUUCUGAUGGACUGGUGUACUUCCAUGGGCAUAGGCACGGAGACGGGCUGUUCGAUCCACGACGUGCGGCAGACGCUGCAGAAGCUGCGACAUGAGGUGCCCACUCUCCGGGCGGCGGAUCUGCUAAUCUGUGGCUAUCCGUAUGCUCUCUGCCCCAUCUUGGGAACGAGUGUUGAGUUGGCUGAUGUCCCGAUGCUGGUACUGGUCCAUGGCGCUGGGUCUCUGGCCGAGUAUGCUGACGAAUCGAUCACUCCGUGGGUGCUGGGGACCUUCAAACGCUGGAUUACGCCUGACCCAGCACAGCCCACGAGGGGAGCAACGGCAAUGGCACUUCGGAAGGUUGUGUUUAAUGAUCGAUUGGACCUGGUUUUGGCAAGGGCAGCCUUUGGCGAAGCAUCACAGCCGCAACUGGUGGAGUUUGGCGCCCGAUAUGUCCUGCGACUGGCCGGCGGCGUCCAAUGCGAUCGUCGUCUCGGAGAGCGUAGACGUUUACUGCUUUGGAGGUCGCAGUCCACGUUCCCGGCGCUGGUAGCCCUGGGUAUCGAGAGACUGUUCACGCAAGUCGUUCGAAGCAUCGAUUGGUCUGUAGAGCAGAUGCCAGUGGCGGAAGUUCGCGAGUUCCACUAUCCGGAGCUGCAAGACUUCUCCGCGGUGCUGCAAAUUCCCUGGGACUUUGGACUCGUUUCGUUUCAAGAGGUUCUUGCUUUGGGUCUGCCAGUGCUGCUGCCCUCAAGUCACUACAUGCACGCGUUGAUCACAACUGUUUUCUUGGCCCGGUCCAAUCUGACGGACUGGAACGAGAAGUGGAAGAGGCGAUUCCUUCAGCUGGUCCCCGACAUGUGGGAGGGCUUCGUGUCUCCAGCAUCCAACCGGACCUUGGGGAUCAAAGAGAGGCCAGAAUUGAGGCUGGUGGAGCAGGUGUCAUCGUGGUGGAGAUACACCGAGUUCGAGACGAACCGCUGGGUCAAGCGGUUUCGUGACCUGGCACAAGCAUCGGGGUUCAAGAAGGGCGGGAAGCAGUUGGUGACUUCUCACGAGCCUACCAGGAGACCUCUGGUCUCUUUGCAGUCUUCGAGCCGUAACCUUCUGGAAUCCGGCAGCGACCUUCGUAGCUUCCGUCGUGGGAACGGCUUUCGAAAAGCUGCAGGGGCCCCGGCGACGCCGGCACUGCUGGCCGCCCAGCCCUUGAAGUGGAUGCACACGCCGAAGUGUGGGACUUCCUUUCUGAACGUAUUAAUCCAUCUCCCUGAUGUUUGCCCGGGCGUAGACGACUCUUUCCAAGUGAAUAGAGAAGUCAUGGGUGACCUGUUCGAGGUCAAAUUCGAGGAUGCUUGUCCCUAUGUCUGCGAUGGAACGAAGUUCCUGUGCAACGCAAAGCCGCUGGGACUCUUUCACACCACGCACGUGGGCGUCGGAAAGGAGUAUGAGUUCCUGAAAGGUCAUCUUGUGACCAUGAUGCGCGAUCCGAUCCAGCGCAUUUUUUCUGCUUACUCCGACCAAGAAUGGUCACAUGGGGCGGAUUCCAAAGACAUUGUUACCUACGCACAUUCAGAGGCACACGCUGUGACCUGCCAGAUCAUGCGAGAUGGGAUCAUUGAUCCUACUCCUUCAUGGUGCAGAGACUUGAACGAAACGGAUGCGGAAGAAGCAGUGACCAGGAUUCGUGAAGGAUUCGCCUUUGUCGGGCUGGUGGAGGAAUGGGACCUCUCCAUCUGCCUCCUGCACCGUAUCUUCGGAGGUGACUGCCUCGCCUCGGAUUUCAUGGACAGCAGGCCUACAUUUUCCGGAGAUACGACGAACCACGAGUACAACACCUCGCUGCUCGACGGCUAUGAUGACCCGGUUGACCGACUCCUCUACAACGGGGCGAAGGAGCUCUUCGCCGAGAGGCUGCUGGAAUACAACGUCUCUCAAGAGUCGUGCCAGCCGUGUUUUGCACAGGCAAAGCUGAAAAGUGCCUGA